CGACAAAGUCACUCAGAGCCGCGGCGUUGCUCCUCUGGCCCCUCUCGAUCGCGCUGCUCUCCUGGAUUCGCCGACGAAGCCACGUAGAUCUACAGCGUUGCUCCUCCUUGCCUCCUGUGUCUCCGUCUCUGUCUCCACCCCUCUCCUCUAACUCUCGUCGAUCACGUCACCGCUCUCUCCAGGCGUCGAUCUCCCUCCUUCCACACGUCUCAUGUCCUGCCUCCUACCGCCCCUUCCAGCUGCGUUGAAUCAGGAGCUCGUUAAAGGGACAGAACAGUAAAAGACAAUGGAUGACAGUGAAGAUGACUGGCUGUCACUCAAGCCCCAAGAACCACUGCCAUCUCAGUGUUGUGGCAGUGGCUGCGCACCCUGCAUCUAUGAUGUGUACCAGAAAGAGCUGGAGCAAUGGGAAGAAGCCAAGGCAAAACGAGACAGAAGCCUCCUGACCAGAAGGAAACCACAAAACAAGAAUUCAGAACUGGCUCCAGAAAUGUUUACAGCUUUCACCAUAAGCUCUGUGGAUCAGCUGACAGAGGACACCUACCAGUAUAAAUUUGAAUUGCCUGGAAAUAGCAGCUUGGGGUUGAGUUUGGGACAACAUAUUGUGCUAAGAGGACUAGUAAAUGGUUUGGAGAUUCAAAGAGCCUAUACUCCAAUUACUCCUGUGAACGCUGAAGGAUACUUUGAUGUUUUAAUAAAGUGCUAUGAAGGAGGACUAAUGUCACAAUAUGUAAAAUCCUGGAAACAAGGAGAAUCAGUUUUUUGGAGAGGGCCGUUUGGAGGCUUCCCUUAUAGACCCAAUCAGUAUGGAGAACUUCUUAUGCUUGCUUCCGGUACUGGCCUAGCACCAAUGCUUCCCAUCAUCCAGCACAUAACAGAAAAUGAGAAUGAUGAAACGUUUGUAACCCUAGUGGGCUGCUUCAGAACUUUUGAAAAUAUUUACAUGAAGACUCUUCUUCAGGACGAGUCACGAUUCUGGAACAUAAGGACAUUUUAUGUUCUAAGCCAGGAACACUCACUUGAAAACCUGCCUUGGAGCUAUCAAAAGAAUACACAUCUUGGCCGGAUAAAUGAGAAUUUGUUAAGAAGUAUGAUGAACACAUGUAGAAGGCAACCUUUUGUGUUGAUAUGUGGCUCAGUAUCAUUUACUAAUGAUAUGAAGAGAUACUUAAAAGCCAUAGGUCUACAGGAAGAUUCAUAUUUUGUAUUUUAGAAAAUGUUUGUAUCUGAUAAUGUAUA